CAUAUUUUAACAGCGUCAUCAACUCCAGCGCGUUAGGCACAAGUGUGUGUGACCUCGUGCCGUGCGCCCGGCGCGCCUCCGUGUAGCUGCACGCUCCAAACCCUGGAUGAGCUCCAGGCUUCAGCACUGACAGCGGACAGCUCCGUGGCGCGACCCGGACCCUGGUCUCUGAACACCGCUCCUGAUGCGCUCACUUCCAGACUGGCUCGAGUCUGGUCCAAGUCCACGCUAAAGGAGAGGUCCGACGCACUUCGAGCUCAAUAUGUACCAGGGACAUUUACAGGGGAAAGACUGUAGGUCUGCAGAUAAGACUGUUGCCAUGGUCCUGAAGGAGAUACCCAGUAAGGCGUCAUCAGAAGGCAAGCCCCUCCUCGCAGUGACUACUAAGCUGGUGAGUGAGCAACAAGAGAGCCGUCCCCUCCUCAGCCCCUCUAUUGAUGAUUUCCUCUGUGAGACCAAGUGCGAUGGAGUGUCCCGCCCUGUGACGUCCAACACUGCUGUUUUGUCUUCUAGUCUGGACCUCUUGGAUCUGAGUGAACCUGGAGAGCGAAGGCAGAGUAAAGACAAGAAGAUACCACUGGUCUCCCGUAGCAACAGUCACAAAAAAAACUCACAUAAAAAGAUAACAGACGAGACGGAGCUCAUUCAAGUGGAGGUGGAGCAGACAGCGGUCGACGCACGGACUCCAGAGAGGGCGUCGCUAGACUCAGUUACCAUUGCAUCACAGCUUGAUAAAUGGGAGGAACUUAAUCCAAAUGUGGAAAGAAAUGCCAACAAGAAAUGGAAGCUGGAGAGACGGCGUUCUUCAAAAAACGCAUCUAAUGAGUUUCUAUGGUCCACAGAGUGUAAAAAUCAAAUUGAACCACUGAAUAAAAACGCACUGGAGUUAAAUACCAAAGCAGAUGCGGAUUCUGCCCUUGCAAGUCAACUCAACAGACAGUAUAUUAGUGGACGACAUGCUCGCCUUACUAAGGAGCAGAGAUGGGGCAGCGCCCUCUUGUCCAGACACCAGUCCCUGGAGGAGGAGUUUGAGAGGGCCAAGGCUGCCGUUGAGUCGGACACAGAGUUUUGGGAUAAGAUGCAGGCUGAGUGGGAGGAGCUAGCGCGGCGGAACUGGCUAACAGAGAAUGAGCAGACGCAGAUCCCCUCCUCUGUGUCUCCACAUGAGAAGGGGUACUACUUCCACACAGAUAAUCCUUAUAAGGACAUGCCCAACGCCUUUGAGGAGGGACAGAAGAAGUCUCGGGAAGGAGACUUACAAAACGCUGUCCUCUUGCUGGAGGCAGCGGUGUUGCAAGACCCUCAUGACUCAGAGGCUUGGCAAGUGCUGGGGACCACCCAGGCUGAAAAUGAGAACGAGCAAGCAGCAAUUGUCUCCCUCCAAAGGUGUUUGGAGCUCCACCCUAACAACCUCACGGCCCUCAUGGCCUUGGCCGUAAGCCUCACUAACACUGGGAUGCGCCAUGAUGCCUGUGAGACUCUGCUCCGCUGGCUACGACACAACCCAAAGUAUAAACAACUGCUUAAGGGCAAAAGUCAUCUGGGCUCCCCCAACUCCCAUCGAAGGCUAUCUCAUGUUCCCAACAUGGGCCGACAUGAAAGCGCCUUGUUGCCAGAUGUGAAGGAGCUGUUUCUGGAGGCGGCUCAACAUACGUCUGACGGCAUCGACCCGGACCUGCAGACGGGCCUCGGGGUGCUCUAUAACCUCAGCGGAGAGUUCAACAAAGCCGUGGACGCCUUCAACACAGCGCUGUCAGUGCGGCCAGAGGACUACUUACUGUGGAACCGCCUUGGGGCCACAUUGGCAAAUGGAGACCGGAGUGAGGAGGCAGUGGAGGCCUACACCCGUGCCCUGGAGCUGCAGCCGGGCUUUAUCCGGUCCCGCUACAACCUGGGCAUCAGCUGCAUCAACCUGGGAGCACACAGAGAGGCGGCCAGUAACUUUCUAACUGCCUUAAGCCUUCAGAGGAAGAGUCAGAGUCUGCAGCAGUCCCACCAGGUGAUGUCAGGGAAUAUCUGGGCUGCUUUGAGGAUAGCUCUGUCUAUGAUGGACCAGCCCGAACUGUUCCAGGCUGCUAACAUCGGGGACCUAGACCUACUCAUGAGGGCAUUUAACCUAGACAUUUAAGAUGAGAGAAAACGAGGUGAACAUAUUUUAACUUUACACCAAUAGCCAAAAGUCCAAAGUGCACCCUUCAGCAAAGAGUGGACCAGUUUCCUGGCCGUGAGUUUUUACACUUGAGUAUUUAAUACAGUCAGGAUUGUGUGUCAACGACGGGUUCUUCCAAGUUUUUUUGCUGGCUGCAUUAUGAUCAAUUUGCACCGCAAAUUGCAAUUUCCCUGAAGAGCACAAGGACAGGCACAGAUUGUAUGAGCAAUGCCUUAGAGAACACAUCAAUUAAACCCACUCAUCAGGUGGAACAGAAGCAGAGGUGGAUAGACAGCCCAUUUUUGUGGACAAACCCCACUGUUUUUAAGUGGUCGCUGAGCAAAGCCUUUAACAGACUUGAUUUUUAAACACUCACAACUGUCUGCACUCUGAACAGUGGUUUUAGUCAUCAGCCACAUUGAAACAUAACUGGAGCUCUAAAUCAUGUUUCCAAAUUGUUUUAUUUUAAACAAACUGCUGCACCUAUUGCAUUUCCAUAAAAUGAUCAUGAUAUCUUUCUUUUUGCACUUUGCACAAAGAUAAUUUCACAUUCCCAAAUGGAAUGUGGCAGCCUGGUUUUCAGCCUUACAAAAUAGAUUUGAUGAAAAGUUGUUCAGUUUAUGUGGCAACACAAAAAGCCAUUGGCAAUGCUUUGGGUACUUCAAAACUACUGCCUGUUUCUGAACUUUCUAAAAGAUUAAAUUUGCUUUUUGUGUCUGUUUUUAAAACUUGAUGGCUCUUUGCUCCCUUUAUAAAGUUGGUUGAGCAGUUAACUUCAAACCAGUCCAUAACCAGUAGAAGCAUACAUCCUACACAUGAAUAUCCUACUUAUAUUAAUAUUCACAGCUGUGUAAAUUGUAGUGCGGUUUUGCAAUAGUCAACAGCAGGUAGCUGAUGUAUAGCUGCAAGCCAAGGAAGCAGCUUACCAUCUAGGAUAAUGUAGUAAUUUGUAUCUUUGCAGAACAGCCACUGGCAAUAAGAGUUUGUUCACUUAAUUAAAUCUGGUAGCCUCAGUCAUCAAACAUUAUGAAUACUUAUCUACUAUUGUGAAAUUUAGUUUUCUAUAACUACAUAUAUUUGACUCUGUACUGCAGAAACACAGUAGCUUUGAGUUUCUGCUGUAUGUAAACGGGCAAAUCCUCACUCUGCAACAGAGUAUGAUGGAUCAUCUCCACUAUCACCCUCACCUCAGCUUUGAACAGGUGUGCACUCGCUCUGAGUGAGCGGUGUAACUAGGCUUUCUCUCCAAACCUAUGCAAAGGUCAUGUUUUCUGUUGCCAUCCUGAAUGGUCUGUGCUCCUGUCUGCCUCAGCGGUCCAAAUGGAAGUGUUUUUUCAGAGCUUUGAAAGAAUGCUAUCAGGGGAAACCAGAGGCUGGCUCCAGAGCCAUUCAUCUUCCUAACUGCUCAGCUCUGAUGCUGUGCUCUGUAUGAAAAUGUUUCAUUCAAAAACUGCAAGAGCAAACGGAAGUGUGCUUUUUCAAAUUAAAUAAA